CCACGCAAUAGUGUUUUCAAGGACAAAAAGCCUCUCUUCAUCACUCACUUGCAGAGACAUAGAUCUGGGCUGGAAAUGAGCUCUGUGGAUCAUGAAAGAGCAGGGUUCAUUGGUCGUGGGUGGAGGUGGCUAAAGGGCUCGAUUGUGAAGUUGAGGGACAAGGUGGUAGAGGUUGCCAGGAAGACGAAGAAACUUGGGCAGGACGAUCCCAGGAGGAUUAUCCAUUCUCUAAAAGCGGGUCUUGCUGUCAGCUUGGUAUCAUUGCUCUACUACUUCAAACCUCUUUAUGGCGGUUUUGGGGUGUCGACAAUGUAUGCUGUUUUAACUGUGGUGGUAGUCUUCGAAUUCUCUGUGGGAGCAACGCUUGGAAGAGGUUUGAACAGGGGGUUGGCCACAAUGUUGGCUGGUGCUCUAGGUCUUGGUGCUCAUUAUUUGGCAAAUUUACCUGGCAGGACAGGCCAGCCCAUACUCUUGGUGCUGUUUGUUUUCCUUCUGGCUGCAGCGGUGUCAUUCGUAAGAUUUUUUCCUAAAAUGAAGGCGCGAUACGAUUAUGGGUUGCUGAUAUUUAUGUUGACGUUCUGUUUGGUAUCUAUAACGGGCUAUCAGGAUAAAGAGGUGUUAGAUUUGGCCCAUAAAAGGCUAUCAACCAUCCUCAUUGGUAGCGCCACGGCUGUGUUUGUAUCCAUAUGCAUCUGCCCAGUGUGGGCUGGUGAUGAUCUUCACAAGCUGGUUUCUGGCAACGUAGAAAAGCUUGGGAACUUCUUAGAAGGAUUUGCAGGGGAAUAUUUUAAAGUCCCAGGGGAUGGAGAAUCGAGGGAUAACAAAACAUUUCUUCAAGGGUACAGAAGUAUUCUCACUUCAAAGAACAGUGAGGAUUCCUUGACUAAUUUUGCAAGAUGGGAGCCUCGUCAUGGUCGUUUCAGGUUUCGUCAUCCCUGGAAACAAUAUCAGAAGAUUGGAUCCCUAACCCGGCAAUGCGCCUAUCACAUUGAAGCUCUUAUAAUCUACCCCUACCCUGAUAUCGAAGCCUCGGCAGAAAUCCAAAGACAAAUUCAGGAUGCUUGCACAAAGAUGAGUACGGAAUCAGGAAAAGCUUUGAAAGAACUAGCAUCUGCAAUCAAAAGCAUGACUAAACCAUCCUCUGUUAAUACCCAUAUUGUAAACUCAAAAACUGCUGCCAAAGCCCUCAAAUUUUUGCUUAAAACUAGUUCUUGUGAAGACUUUGUCCUCUUGGAGGUAAUGCCAACCGCUAUGGUAGCUGCACAACUAGAAGAAGUCAUUACUUGUGUGGAGAAAAUUGCUGAGUCUGUUCAUGAACUAGCCUCGCUUGCCCAUUUCAAAGAUGCCAAGCCCGAACAGAAACCAGCACUUGGGCAACCACAACAACUUCAGCAAACAAUGCAACAAUUCUCUGGCAUAGAGGGACCUCAUCAUAUCAUUACAAUUAAUGGGUCAUCUGCAGUUUUACCAGAGGUGCCCAUUCAGGAAUGUGGAACUGUGGUACAUGUUACAAACACGGACAUUAUAAAAGGCUCCAAAGCUAAAACAAACGUGCGGGAGAUGAGGCAAUAUCUUUCAUUUUAAGGCAAAAUGUUUAUCACGAUCUUGACUUUUGAUAUCUACUUCAAAAGUAAACAGCUGCUGCAUUGUAGAUUUGAUUCUACACUUGCAGAGAGAGAAUGCCAUUUUCUAACCUGGAUGCAAUAAGGAAAUAGUACUAAUUGGUCUCAAGUAAAUUGAAUUAUGACCCACAUGAUGAUGAGACAUUAGCGGAAGAGUCUGUUCAAAUUUCCUUUCCCUCCUGUUGCUUUUAUGGUGCACUUAUAUUUCAGCUGUGUGAUCAAAUAAAUGUUCUGCUUUAAUACU